ACAACAAGCUGAUGCAUUCCUCCACUUCAACCAUCCAACAUGAAUUUUGCUAAUAAUAUCCCCAUCUAUUUCAAGCUUCUCUAAAUUAAUUAAAUUUUUUUUUUAAUGACAGGGAUUGGUGAUGUUGUCAUUAACUUCAAGCUUGUUCUUACUAAAGCCAUCUGGGUGUGGAGAUGGACAUACAUUUUGCGAGCCACACUCAGGUUUCAAAGUUGGGCUAUUCUACCUAUCAGUAUACCUUGUUGCUUUAGGCAAUGGAGGUUACCAACCAAACAUAGCCACCUUUGGAGCUGACCAAUUUGACGAGCAGGAUCGAAGGGAAGCUCAUUCAAAAAUCUCCUUCUUCAGUUACUUCUACCUUGCCCUCAACCUUGGUUCCCUCUUCUCCAACACCUUCCUCGGAUACUUUCAGAACAAUGGCUCCUGGGCAUUAGGUUUUUGGGCUUCUGCAGCAUCCGCCGUGGUAGCUCUACUGCUCUUCCUUGCUGGUACCCGGCAGUAUCGCCAUUUUCAUCCAAGUGGAAACCCUCUUUCCAGGGUGAGUCAAGUGAUUGUAGCUGCGUCCAGGAAAUGGGAUGCUGAUAAGCCAUCCAGUUCGAAGGAGUUGCAUGAACUUGGAUCGAAGGAAUUUGCUUCUACUGGAAGUAGGAAGUUGCUUCACACUGAAGGAUUCAAGUUCUUGGAUAGAGCAGCCAUCAUUCAAGCCAAAGAUAAGCCCACCCUGCAAAGCCACCCCUGGCACCUCUGCACAGUGACUCAAGUUGAGGAAUUGAAGUGUGUGCUCCGUCUCCUCCCUAUCUGGCUCUGCACUAUCCUCUACUCUGUUGUGUUCACACAAAUGGCCUCCCUCUUUGUGGAACAGGGAGCAGUCAUGGAAACAAACAUAGGCUCCUUCCAAAUCCCCCCUGCAAGCAUGUCAGCAUUUGAUAUUCUAAGUGUAGCACUGUUCGUCUUCCUUUAUCGCCGUGUUCUUCAUCCCUUCGCUUGCAGACUCACCGGCAACAGCAGCGGACCCACUGAGCUGCAAAGGAUGGGCGUUGGCCUAGUCAUAGCCAUCAUAGCCAUGAUCUCUGCGGGCACCGUCGAAAUUUAUCGUCUUAAGCAUGUCUGUAAGGCCUGCAUCAACGAAGAAAGCUCAAUGAGCAUAUUGUGGCAAAUCCCACAGUAUAUGCUCAUUGGAGCAUCAGAGGUGUUCAUGUACGUAGGACAGCUCGAGUUUUUCAAUAGCCAGACUCCAGAUGGACUAAAGAGCUUUGGAAGUGCACUAUGCAUGACCUCCAUCUCCUUCGGCAACUAUGUGAGUAGCUUGCUUGUGACAAUUCUGAUGGAUAUCACGAAGAGAGGGGGGAAGCCGGGGUGGAUACCUGAUAACUUGAACAAAGGGCACAUGGAUAGGUUCUACUAUCUACUUGCAUUACUGACUGCUGCAGACUUAGUACUGUAUAUAAUCUGUGCAAAAUGGUACAAGAGCAUCAAGGUUGAAGGGAUGGAAGAGGAAGGUAAUGAUGAAGAUGAGAUUGAUGACAUCAAGAUUGAUGAUUUGAAAGUUUCUGUGGUCUGAGAUAAACAAUCCAGUUAUUGGGUUGAGAAUUUAUGAGAUUCACAUUAACUCGAAUUUCCUUGCUUUUGCUUACCUUGAUUGCAAGAGUUAAUGAUUUGGUAAGCCCAGGUUUGGUGGAAUGCCGCACACGACACGGGGCGGUGGAGCUAUUUAUAUAUGUAUGUAGAAAUUGAAGAGAGAAAUUAUGACUUGUUCCAAGGUGGAAAGGUCCCUAAUAUUAAAGAGAACAAGCUGAUAAAGAAUCUUUGGAACCUUGAUAAAAUGUGUUAUGCAUGUACAUGUUAAACUGCUUGCCAGCAGGAACAAUCAAGGGAUGGCAAAUUUGGAAUAAUAUGACUUUAGAAAAAAACUUGUAUUUGCUUCUAGAGAUGUAGUGCCUUUUGGCUUCAAUUUAUUUUGGGGUGAAUAAGGGAUUGGGCGGCUUGCAAAAAUAUUUCUAUGAUGCAACUCAUCUUGAUCUAUUGGUUGGGUAUUUUGCCCAACAAUUUGCCAUUAACUCAUCAUCUAGUGCAUACUCAGUUAAAUCUAACAAUGUGAUUAGAGAUAUUGUCGUAGAUAGAGGCCAAUGUGGCAAGAGUAUACUUGUAUAGGUUGAGAGGUAAAGGAGCUUUUGGAGAAAGGAUCUAAUGAUGUGCAUGUCUCAAAUGAGGAGAUGGAGAAAAGAAAAGUAUAGUCUUAUAAAAAAUUACUUCGAUAGAAGUAUACAGUCUCCCUAUAUGAAGAUCAUAACACCAAUAACCUUUAUGAGGGUGAAAGUACUUAAGAAAGAUGCAUAAAAAACACAAUAAGAGAGUUUGACAUACAAGUAAAAUGCACGAACAAAGCAAUUGCAUCCAAAAACUAAUACUGUAAGGAGAAAAUAACCAGACAAGGGCAAAGAGUGUAUAUGGAUGAGAACUGGUCAACAAGAGGGUAUAGGAUGUUAUUAAUGAAAUUUCAAGUGAUCAAACCAACAUACAUGCAAAACUAAUGAGGAACAUUCAUGUGAAACAACAAGUUCCUUGCAUUAUUAAGAAGGUGGCAACUUUCUCAUCUAACUACAACAUUCUAUGAAGAUGUAUAUAGGUAAGAUGUUGGAAGAAAAAUAUGAUUGGUAAAAGUAAAAUGGGGAUUGCAUAAAUUAUAAAUUAUUAGCAUGUCAUAUUUGAGUAAGGUAGAAAAUUUAAAUUUUAUUGAAAAAAACAUUGAAAUAUAUGAAUGACUUCUGUGCAACAUCUAAUCAAGUAAACCCCUGUCCCUGUAACCAGAUAAAAUCAUCAGUAAAUGUGAUAA